CAACUUCCCAGCUCUAGUCUGGCUAUAAAAGAACUUGGCACAGCUGGAAAAUGUGUAAGAGAAGCUUUAGACAAGCGGUGGCAAUGAGCGAGAUGAGCAUUUACCUCAGUUAUGGCAUUAUUCUGGCCCUGAUCGGUCGGUGUUGGGUUCUAUCAGCAACGGAUAUCGAUCAGAUUCAGCGACAUAAUAUCAAGUUACUCUCGGAGCAAUUGAAUCGAGGAUGGCGAGCCUUUUGUGAUGCCCCAGUUGAUGAGGGGGUCAUGUCACUCUUUCAAGGUAUUCAUCCCAGUGAUGGCCGACUCCAUGUUAUGACCAUAACAAAUCAAAGCGUUGAGCUACCCGUACGUUCGUUGUCACAGCUCAAGGAUUUCGAUAUCAAUACGGAACGCAAGACCCUUAUCUAUGUGAAUGCCUUCCAUACGAACGACAGCUAUUUCAGUGUGCAGGAACAUUUGAUUCUCCUGCAAACGUCUCGUCGUGAUCUCAAUGUCAUCGUGGUGGACUUUGCCAGGAAUGUGGAGCAAUUGUAUUAUGCAGUGCGACAUCAUCUGUCGGUGCAUGGCUAUUUCAUAUACAAACUAUUGAACUCAUUGACUGAUGCAGGCAUCAAGCCAGAGGACAUUACCCUGGCUGGUCAUUCAGUGGGAGCCAAUAUAGCCGCUCUGGGUGCUCAAUUGUAUGCCAAGGGUAGCAAACAGUUGGUCAAUCAGUUAAUAGCCAUAGAUCCAGCCACCAUGUGUCGCACAUCCGAUAUUUUGGUGAAACAAGGCCUUGCCACUCGUGUGGUUGUAAUCCAUGGCGAGGGUGAUGUAUAUGGAGUGCGUGUUCCACUGGGCAAUGUUGAUAUCUAUCCGAAUGGUGUGGGCUUCUUUCCCAGACGUAAACUUCAGCCUGGUUGCGAGUCCAAGAUUUGCAGUCAUAUGUAUCCAUUUGUUCUCUUCAUGGAGGCUCUAAUUGAGGGCGUCAUGAUACCAGCUACCAAAUGUGAAAGCUGGGCCAAAUUCCGUUUGGCUGAUUGCAAUUUCAAGAAUACCCUUAACAUUGGUCUUGUCUAUCCCGCCGAUGCCAAGGGCCUGUAUUUCUGUUUAACUCAACCCAAUCCUCCAUUCACAUAUAUGGAACAUGGCCUUAGAUACAAGUCACGGCAAGAGGCUAAUUCGUUAGAUAAGACAAGUGUAUAGAAAUGAGUUAUUAGGACUAUUAUUUAAUUGCUAAGAUUAAGUUAAUAAAGUUAUUUUAUUUUUUUGUUAAACUAAA